AUGGGUGCCAUUAAGGAUUUAGCGAGGUCAUUUUCUCGGUUGACACAAGAGGAGGUAGACCUGUUUUGCCUUGAAUAUGGUAUCGAUAAACAGUUUAAUCCAACCGCCCCUGCUUGCGAUGCUUCUAUUGACAAACCGAUUCCUGGUUUUAUUGCUUUGUAUUGUCGGCAUUUUGAGUGGUCUAAUCUUCGUUACCCUUUUUCGUUUUUUGUUCUAAAUUUGCUUGAGUAUUAUCGAGUGUCUUUUGGGCAAGUACAUCCGAAAGGAAUGGCUAGGGUUUUGCACUUUGAAGUGCUGUGUCGUGCUUUAGGUUAUGAUCCUUCAUUGUUGCUCUUUCGGAGGUUCUUCCGGUUAGCCAAAAAUGGUGAUUGGUUUACUUUUGAGAACACCAAGGUUGAUACUUGUCUCGUUUCAUCCAUGGUUACAACCCUUGGAUCAUGGAAGAAUACGCAUCCGGAUGCUGUUCUCAACGAUCCGGAGCCUUCCGAGUCUGAAUUGAAUGAUGCCUUUCUUUCAGCCAUUCGGGGGUGCCCUUCUAGGGUUCGUCCUUUUCCCGAACAUUUGCUAGUGCUUUUAGGGGUUAGUAAUAUUUGGGCAAAAGUUGAUCGGGAUCCGGUGUUGAUGAGAAAUGGCCUUGUUAUGUCUGCUUUGGACUUCAUCAAGAGUGACGACACGUCCGAUGUGGUUUUUGAAGAUGCUCCAACUGUUCCGGGUGAGAAUGUUGUGGUGAGAACUUCUGAGCAAAGGUUUGGGGGUUCGGGUUAUGUCAGUGUUGCAAAUGUGAAGGGUUUUACCAAGUCUAAUGUUCCCAAGCCUUCAACUCGCCGGUUAUCUCGUCGUUUACUGAAAGCUGCUCCUCAAUCCAUUUCCACUGAGCCAGUGGAUUUGAGUGAUGAUAUCGAGGCUUCUGAGGAUCAGGCUGAAGUGGAGGUUGAAAAGGAGAAGGAGUUAGUUGUCCAUGGUAAGAAGGUUCGAGGGAAGAAGGGUGUUGCUACCCCUGUUCAAGGAUCAUCAAGCAGGGACGCUGGAGGGUUGGAUCCUGAAGGUGUUUAUGUGCCUGCUUGGCAAGUGAAGAAUGAUGAUACUUUCAAGGAUGCUGCCGUCUGUGAGGAUGCUCUUAGUCAUCUUGCUCCUCCCUCUGUUCGUGAAACCAUUGCUGAGAUGGACGAUGACCUUAUGUUAUCUCGCAUGGUUCUAACUACUUGCAACCUUGCUGCCAUGCUUCCUCAAGGGAUUACACGCUUUCGCCAAAGGAUGCGGGAGUAUGAGGAUUUUUCUAAGAAGAAGGAAAAAAUGAAAUCCUCCCUAGCAUCGAUGAAGAAGGAAGUAGCCGGGUUUGCAGAGAAGGAGGCAGCUUGGAAGGAGGAGGUUGAUGGUCUGAAGAGGAUGCAUGCCAUUGAGAUGGGUGACCUGAGGAAAAGCUUUGAAGCAAAUUUGCUGAAAUUGAAGGCUGAUCGAGAGGCCUUAUCUGUCCAGCAGCAGGCUUUUCGUGAAGAAAAGGAGGGGUUGAAGGCUUCCGUUGGUCAGGUGACUGCGGAUAAUCAGUGGUUGAUCGAGCAUGGGUUUCAGCAGGUUGUGACUUACCUUUUGCAUUCUAAGGAAUUUAACUCUGCCCUUGGUGAUGUUUACACAAAGCUGCUGAACCUGGGAAAGCAUCAAGGCCUUACUGCUGGUUAUAAACUUCAUGAAUCUGGGCAACCUUUGGAGAAGUCACCCAUGUUUCGCCCUGAGGCUUCUGAUGUCUUCAAGGCUUCUGUUGAGCAGAUGGAGAGGCUGACCUACCCCUUCAUUCAUGAGCCUGAGGGGUUAAAUGAGAAGGUUUGUGCUGAGGUUUUGGGUUCCUUGUCAAAGAAGAGGUCCUACUCUGGGGAUAGUGAUGAUACCCUUUCGAGCCUGCCUGAAACCUCGAAGGAUGCCGGUUUGGAAACCUCUGCUGUUGGUGGUGAAGAAGGUCCCAAGGUGAAGAAGAUCAAGAAAGCUAAAAAGUCUAAGGGUGAAAGUUCCAAACCCUCUGAUAACUGA